GGCUCGGCGCCGGGUCAUUGUGGGGCCGGGCGACCCGCGCUUGGGAGAAGAGAAGUUCCGGUGGGCGGCGGCCAUUGUUGCCAACAACGACGCCAAAUACCAAAUCAACAAGGACCGCGCCGAGGACUACAGCCGCGCGGCCGAGUCGCCGCUCCGCUGGUCUGUGGCCCUGGACGCGCCGUCCGCCGAGGUUCUGCAGACGCAGGAGUGCGACAAGGCCGCGCGGGUCCGGUGGCUCCAGUAUCACGACCGGGACACCGAGAACCUCUCCGGCAUGCUGCCGCUAGCCGUCGGGAUGCGCGUGGUCUACCCGGUCUACCCCGCCCGCAAGGGCAAGACGCUGCCUGCGGCGCUAGUGGACUUCAACGUCGACAAGCGGACCGACGUGACCUUUAAGACCGUGGCUGCGAGCAGGGUCCGCUCCAGGGAGGCCGUUCGAGCGCUGGCUCUACACCCGUGGCGCGCCGGGAGCCCGGCGCUCCUGCUGCAGCAACUGCGAGGCGAGGAGGUGAAUUGGGAAGCCUUCAGGGAGGCGAAGGCGCCCUCCGCGGCGUGCGAGAAACGCAAAGAGGCCAAGACGCUGGACUACUUCUCCGAUCGGCAGUGGGAGCGCGUCCGGGCCAACCGCUCGGCCAUUUGCCUUGCCUGCGGCCCCGGCAAGGGCGAGCAGAAGGCGCUGAAGCGGAAGCUGCCCUCCGGCCUGGCGCGCUUGGACUGCCGCGGGUGUAAAUUCCGGAAGCUGGAGGACGCUUUCCCACGGGCGCAGCUUCAGCAGGACGAUUCUGAGGCGAAGCGCCGCUGUCUCAAGUGUUUGAAGGAAGUUGACAUUUUGGAGUGCUCCGUCUGCGAAAGCACGAAGCAGAUCUCCGAAUUCAACAGCGCGAUGGCGACCAUGCCGUGGGCGGCGGUUUGCGCUGAUUGCGCGGCCGACGUGAGAAGGCAGCCUAAGUGGGGCCGCGCCGGCUGGUUCACUUGCCGGACUUGCGACUUGUUCUUUCCGGGGGCCGGCGCUGCGGAGCACAACGUCCUCCCCUCGUCGGCCCGCAGCCAGCGCUGGCAAGAGCACAUGCCGCAAAUGCGGCGGCGCGUGGAGCGAGCCACGCGGGCAAGGGAGCGACAAGCGCCAAAGGCUUUGCCCAAAGUGCAGACCGAAAGCAAGUCGCGCGAAGCGCGCGUGAUAA